AUGGAUCAGUCCAUGUUCAAUCCGUUGAAUUACACUAACGUUCCGCAUUCAGAAGGUCCGUUUUUACGAGGUGUUUAUAUUAUCCUUGAGGUUUAGUCGAUUGGGCUUCUCUGGCACAAAGAUGGAUCCAAACCAAGUCACAAACGGAGGAUAGAGUGCCGGCUGGAGUUCCACCGCCUCCAGGCCUCCCUCCGAGAAGUCUUCCGCCCGGUGUUCCACCACUUGGACCUCCAGGCGGAUUUGGACCCAGGCCGCCGAAUGGACCAGGUAAGCGACUUAAAUUUAUGUUUUUCUUGACGUUUAGGAACUGGAUAACGGUUGAAAAUGGGAGAUUUUUGUUUCGGGACUAUUUUCCUUUGCGAAAUAAUAAAAACAUUAUUUUAGUCUCAAGUGUAAUAUAAUCUUGCAGAAUUUGAAGUUCAUUUUUGGUUUUUGCGACUUAAAAUUGUUUUUAAAGCAAGAUUAUGAUAGUCAGCACGUAUAAUGCUGUUUUUGGCCAUUACUCUUCUGUUUGUAAAAAUUCAUGGCCCAUUUUUUAUAAGUGUCUACAACAAUAUAAAAUAAGUUGAUAUUCUAGGAUAUGGAUAUCCACCUCGUCCAAUGCCACCCGGGCCUCCUUUCGCUGGUCCUCCUAGUCGCUUUCCUCCUCAAGUACCCCCAUAUUACGAGCAACGACCUCCAGCAUCUGGCGGUUUCUUCAACCGUCCCGAUUAUCGUCCCCAAUUUUUCAAUACUGCCCAAAGGCCGCCGCGACCGCUUCCCCCACCUCAUACUGCUCCAUUCCCUGUUCCUCCAAUGCCGUUGCAUGGUGUUGGGCCGAUUCCUCCGCCUGAACCAGUCCCGGUUCGGCCGCUUUUCCAGGCGGCGGCUGCGGCCGCGCAGACCUCCAAUUUCGCCGACUCAAACCCCGCUCCACCGGAGGAAUUGGACCUGGAUGGAGCCAUGGCACACUGGAUGGACGAUAUGAACAAUGAUCCGGCCCAUUGGACGGAUUCCAGAAUCGAUUUGGCCAGCAGAAAAAAGUUGCCUCAAUGGAUUCUGGAAGGCCUCGAAAAAGCGGAAAAAGAAAAGCGAAAGCAAAUGGAAAAAGAGCAGCAAGCUAAACAAGAAGCCCAGAAGGAAUUGGAAAGGGAAGAACGGCGAAAGGCCAAAGGAAAAGGCAAAUUUGUAGGUUUUUUUGUCAUGUGUAAUAUAAUUUUUUGUCAGUUUUUUAUUGAAAAUGACAUUUUUAGGACUCAGACAGCGAGGACGAGGAUAUCGAUGGCAAAGCGCUUGAAGCGAAACCCGCUUUCGCGCCAGAUUCACUUAUCGGAAAUAAAGCCACUUAUGUCAAAGAAGAAUUUGAUCAAAAUGAGGUGACUUUUAAUUUGUGUGUUCUGUUUUUAGGUUAAUCACACUGUCUACGACACUGGCAACAGGUUUUGGAAGCAAUCUCUCCUGUUCGCAAAAAAAUUUAUAUUACUUUAGGUCAUUUGUUACCUAUUUUAAUUUUUUUUGCAGACUCGAGCGGUUAAACGACUCAUGGUGUCGGUGUUGAUGGAAGCCUCGGAUAUUGCCAUCCAAGACCAGGUAAAUCGUCUUCUAGACAGGUUCAAGAACCAUGGUGAGCUUCAUUAUCAAAGAUAAUAUUAUCCAUGUUUAGGAAAGAAGGUUAUCGCCUCCACCUCCGCGCUACAAGCUCUUAGUGCCCUGGGUAAGCUUUUAAAAUUAUUGUUUUUAUAUUUAGAUCAGAAGUAGAGGCUAUAUUAUCCAUGAGAUAUCAUUUGAUAUCAAGUAUAAUAUCGGAUGGUAAAGAAUGAAGUCUUGUGUUGUUUGUGGGCUAAAAGAAAGAUUAUGGCGUGAAUUUGAUAUGUUGAAAAUUUUAGCCCAAUACAGCGACGAUGAAGAGACCACCGACGACGAUUCGGAUCGACCAAAGGCUGAUCUCAAGGAUAACGUAAUGGAGGAAAGUGGGAGAGAUAAGGAGGGGUUUAAACAUGGCCAUCACAAAGGUAACAUCAUUUUACUGCUUUGUGCCUGAGAAUUACUUUGUUUACAAGCUUUAUUAGUAAUUCUUUUACUAAAAUACCCGAUAUUUUACCUUGAUUUACAUUUUUUUCGAAAAAUGGUAUUUGGAAGUGCUUUUACACGCUUAAAGUCGCUUAUAAUCUUUGUUAGGGCACUGUGGACGUAUUUAAUUGGAUUUCUUGUUUUCAGACGAUCGCGGCGAUACACAACGAACAGGUAUUUUGAAGAGGGAGGCAGGUAAAUUACGGUAAUUUAGGCGAUGAUCGCGAUGAAAAUGAGAAUAGAAAACACAGUAAGGGGCAAAGAAAGAGGUAAGCAACCAGAAUUUAUUUGAUUUUCAAAAUAAUUUUGGAGAAAAUUGAAAUUUUUCAAAAAAUUAUAUUAUUUUAGGUAAAUUUUGAUGAAAAUUGAUCGAAUUAGCGGAUAUUUUGAGGGGUUAUGGGUUGAUUAAACUCUAUAUGAGAUUAUUAGUAUAUAACUUUCAAAUUUAAUCGAGGUUUUCCCUUAGAUCGCGCUCAAAAUCCGAAGAAUCCCAAAAAUCGCAGAAGCAAAGAAAAGAACACAGGGAACGAAGAGACUCGACAGACAGCCGAGGGCAUCGCAGAGAGUCCAUAGACCGUCGCAGAGACGACAGAGACAAACGAAAUGAGGAGAGAGAGCACAGGGAACGAAGGGACUCCCAGAGAAAAAGAGACCGAAAACAUGAACGACGGUCGAGGAGUCGGGAAAGAAAACGAUCCCGAAGAAGUCGGUCCUAA